AUGGAACAUACCCCAGCUCCAUAUGGACCAAGAUCUGUUUAUGGAUAUGCUCUAUACAUAGGUUCAAAUAUGCUAUUCCUUUUAUUCCUGGUAUGGGCCUUAAUACCAGAUCAAAUUUUACAUAAUUUAGGACUAACAUAUUGGCCUUCUAAAUACUGGGCUGUAGCAAUACCAAUUUGGGCUUUAACUGCCCUUGCUACAUUUGCAUUUAUUAUUUACCCAGCUAUAAACUUAUCUAUGACUCCAGAUAUUAAUGAUAUUACUACUAUUACAGAUAAACAUUCACGUCCUAAAAAAGAAACUGUUCUAGGUGGUAUACCCUCUAUGUAUGAUAUUCCAAUAACAGAAGUUUGUAGGAAGUUGUAUUUAGCAAAAAGAAGUAACAAUAAAUGACAUUAAGAAUUUA